CAGCCGGCUUCGUCUCCCCAAGACGACCAGAUGCCCAACCAGCUCCCGUAUCGUGCAGUACAACCGCGGGAAGCACGGGCCCUUCCACCCAGACCGAGUCCAGAUCCCUCCACGUGGUCAGCCGACUGACGCCUUCUACCGGGCUGACAAGACCCCCUCCGACUUCCAGCAUUGGAGGCUGCGCGCCGCCCUUGCCGAGAUCUACAUGCGCGGCCGCGACCCCCGCGACCUAUUCGCCGGGGUCCUGGUCCCCGUCCUCACUUACAUGCUGGGCUUCAGGAGCGCCGGCGUCGCCGACAAGCAGGCCGCCGACAAGGUGCGCUCUGGCCACUCCAACGGCAUCACCCUCCGACGUCGGGCUGCCAGUGCCCUCGACGCGCCCAUCGCCGACCCCGACGCGAUCGACCUGGCCCUCCCCGACAGCGCAGGGCACCCCGCCUUCGAUGCAGCCAGCGUCGAAGAGAACAUCGGCCAUGUCUUCCAGCGGACCAUGUGCGUCCCCGUCAGCCAACGGCUCGACCGGGCUGCAGCUGCGCACGGCCUCGACGACCACUCCACGCUUUUGCUGCACUCCAGCACCGAGCACCACCUCACCGUUGUCCUAGGUCUGCCUGGCUCAGGGACGACAACGACCAUAGUCGCUCUGGACGCGGCGUGGGCCCCCACUCUCUACGACGGGCAGGCCUUUUACGCGGCCAAGUACCACCGCAAACUCGACGACGCGGUCGGCUUCCUCCACGCCUUCGUACGGCUCGUCCGCACGGAGAGGGUUGACAAGGGAGUGGUCGACCUCACCCCUGAAGGGCAUUACCGCGCAGCCUAUGGCAACUACCCCCUCGAACGCGGGGGCGACGCCAUGUUCCCCACCUACAAAUGGAAGCUACUCCAGCAGAGUCGAGCCGUCUUCGCCACGCGCGAG